AUGUACACCCAACAGGAGCGCAUGCAGGAUAUGGUGGAGCCAGGCCAGGAGGAUGGUAGUUUGUCUCCUCCUCCUGUGAUAGGAUCUGAGGAGUUGCUGCUGUGGGUGUCAGAUGUAUUGGGAGAGAUAGAUGAAGACGUAGACUUCUCCUCUUUACGUUUCGGCCAUAUAUUUCUGCAUUUGUUUCGGUUGAUAUGGCCUGAGGUAUUCAAAGAAGCACCGCAUGCAGGUUAUCUACACCCCAAGACCCCAGCAGAUGUUGCAGCCAACUGGUCGCUGCUGGAGUGGACGUUGCAGCGUGUGGGUGUUCCUGUUCAUUUCUUAGAUCGUUCAGGUGUAUGUACAGGUGAUUUCUCUGCAUGCUAUCAAGCAUUGGUGUUACUUUUUUUUCUCUUCUGUCUAGCAAAAGAUCACAAAUGUGAAUUCGUAUUAGCUCAUCCAGUACACCCAGAUAUGACGGCCUUUAUGUCUUCUGAGGCUCCUCUAGCUUGUCUAAUAGCAGGCGGAGCUGUACAUGUAGCUCAAGACCUCAAGGAAAAAAUAUUAACACCAAGAACACCACCAACUGCAACACACAAACAAAAAACACAGCAGCAGCAAAAAACAACUGCUCCUUUAUCUAACAACCCCAUAGGAUACGCAACAGACGCACACAGAGACAACCUCCCGCUGCCCUCUCAACCUCAACCCCCCAAGCAGCAGCAACACCAGCAACAGCAGCAACAGCAGCAGCUGAAGCUGCUACACAAACAGCAGCAGCACAGCAGCAGCAUGAGGAAAGAAGCAGAGGUACAAACGCUUGCAAGCGGAGGGCAGGACUGGCAGCUGCUGCCGCCGCAGCUGCUGUCUGUGGAUUGGAGCGGAGAAGGCCAGAAGGUGAAGGGAGAGCAGCUGGUUGAGUUGCUGCGGUAUCAGAACGAGUUGCUGCAGCAGCAGCUUCAGCAGGCAGAGGAAGCAGCAGCAGCAGCACGUCGUCUGCAUGAGCAGCAGCUGCGCGAUGCCCGUGAAGCUGCUGCUGUUGCGCUGCAGCGAGAGAAGGAGAAAUGUAACGCUGAGGUGCUGCAGCAGCAGCAGCAGCAUGCAGCAGCAGUGCAAGCCAUGUGGCGUCAGCUAGAUCUCCGUCUCCGUCACAUAGAAGACGAUAUUUCUGUAGAUGUUGAAGUCCUCUCUGCCUCCUCCUGCCUGAAACCCCAGCCCCAGCCAGCUGCUAAACAAGACCAAGCCCAGCGAGCUCCUCCCCCUGCUGCUGCUCCUGCUGCAGCUGCUGCUGCACCUGCUGCUGCAGCUGGUGCAGCACCUGCAGCAACAGCAGCAGUUGCUGCUGAAGAGGUGGGGGCUGAAGGGCCUGGCGAGCAGCAGACGGCGUUGGCAAGAGUUAAGAAACUGGAGGCCCUCAUGGAGGAGCGACUGCGGGCGCGAGAUGCAGCAGCAAAUGAAGUGAAGAAGCUGCUGCAGCAGACGCUGCAGCGCUGCGCUGAGUAUAAGCGGGAGAGCGACACACGGUGGGGGGAGUGGAAGCAGUGUGAAGACCUGAGAAGCAAUUUGCUGCAGCUGCUGCCAGCAGCAGACACCAAAGAAGACAGGCGUUCCGGUGUACCUGCAGCAGCAGCAGCAGCAGCAGCAGCAGCAGCAACAGCAGCAGGAGGCAGCGGAGAUCCAGUAGCAGCAACACGGCAGGCUCUAAACGAACGGCUGCAUGCGCUGCUCGAUAGGAGCGGCUGCAUGCGUCCUCUGGCAUCUAUGAUGGAGCAGCAGCUGCUGUCUGCUCUUGUUGAGUGUCUCUGCAUGCAGCAGGCGCAGCAGGCGCAGCACCGGCAGGCGCAGCUGGAGUUGCUGCGGCUAUCCCACCAGCAGCAGCAGGUGCAACAGCAGCAGGUGCAGCAGCAGCAGCAGCAGCAGCAGCAAGGCGAGUUCGCAGGUGCAGCCAACAAAGCUGGAGGAAGAAAUAACAUGGCAACCAUGCAGAAGGAACUGCUGCUAGAGGAGAAAGCGAGAAGACUGCAGACGCGCAACCAGCGGCUGCUGAGGACUUGUGAAUAUCUCCGCCUGAAAGUUGAACACGUACAGAAGUGGAAAGCUGAAGACUCCUUCUUCACCCAGACGCAGCAACAAGUUCAGGUGUACAGACACCUCGAGGACAGCAACGCCACGCUAGAAGGAGAAGAACCCGCAGCAGACCACGGGAACGCGCCGUCAGGGGAGGAGAUGCAGCAAAGCAUGCAGAAACAACAGCAGCAACAACAGCAACAGCAGCAGCAGCAGCAGCAGCGAAGGGAGCAGCUUCUGGCGUGGCUGGAGCAGGAGGACACAGCUGAAGUUAUUGAUAGAGACGCUGAGCUGCUGCAGCUGCUGAAGACGCUGCAUAGACACCCCAAGACGGCAUUUGGAGAGGAAGAGGAGGCGGAGACGAGAGCCACAUCAGCAGAAACAGAAGAAGUUGAAAACUGCAUUUCUGUUGCUCCUGAAACAAAGAAACGACUCCUAGAACUCUUCUGGCUGCUCCUGGGCGACUUCUACAGGUUCAAGGCGAGGCUGGAGGAGGGCCGGCACCAGCUGCAGCAGAUGCAGGAAGAGGCGCGAGCAGCGCAAGAGGAGAAACUAGCAGUGGAAGAGGCAGCAGAAAAAGAACGCCGUUCUCUGGUUUCUCUCUACGAGAGAAAGCUACAAAGCGAACGAACGAAAGCAAACAAAAUCGUGGGCCGGACGAUGGUCAAACUGCUGGUAGCUCAAGAAGAAGCAGAGAUACUGCAGAAAGGGAGAGAAAGACAACAGGAUGAACACGAAGCCCUCGUGCAUGUGUUACACCAGGCCGACAGCAAACGCUUCAAUGCAAUUCUUACAAAGCUGGAGGCCAUUGAAACCCAAAACCGCGUGCUGCAUAAAAGAGAAGAAUUUUGGAAUCGUCUGGCGAAGGCGUUGUCUACGCAGCUGACGCGGCCGUCUGAAACAACACAGCGGGCCGUUGAGGAUCUGUGGGCGCAGUUGGUUGGCUCGAAGGCUUUGAUUGAAACAAAUAAACUCAUCACCAACACCUGCAUCUCUCCUUUCUUGCUGCUGCUCCCAGACACAAACAAAACAAAUACAGAUUCAGGAGAUAACACCGCAAGGACAAACAGCUCCAGGCGUGCAGCCAGCACCGCAACUGCUGCUGCUGCUGCUACCGCUGCUGCUGCUGCAGGGAAGGGGCCUGUGCGCUCUGUGUCGAGACUCAGCAGCAGAUAUCAAAGCAGAUCUACAGCAGCAACGCCAACAGCAGCAACAGCAGCAGCAGCAAAGGCGUCAUCAAAGGCCCGCGGUUCUUCUCCUGCUUUGGGUGCGAGGACUCCGAGAAGUGCAGCAGCUUCUGCUGCAGCAGCAGCAGCAGCAGAAACUGCAGCAGCAGAAACUGCAGCAGCGGGUUCAGCAGCAGCAGAAGAUAUGUGGAGUGCAUCGGAUUCGUUUGCUCGCUGUUUGCAAGAGAUCUGUUCCCAAACCGAAGUAGGAGAGCCGUCAAGCAGCAGCAGCAGCAGCAGCAGCAGCAGCAAGAACACUUCUGCUGCUGCAUCUCCUAGGGAGACAGCAGCAAGAGGAGGGUCUGAGGGUUGGAUGGGGGACCGCAGCGACUCUGAAUGCGAAAGUGAUGAAUAUAAAUGCAUAGAAAAGAAAUAUAUUUUCGACUCGGCGUCAGGAGAAACAACAGAAACAACGACAAAGAGAAGAGGAAAUGAAAACAAAGCAAAAAUGCCAAACGAUUGGCUGGCUGUGCUCAAACUGAUGAUCCAGGAGGCUACAGCACUGCUGCGAAAACAGAAGGAGAUUAAAGAAAAAGAACUGACGCUGCAACUCACUGACGUUCAACUUCAGUGGACGUCGCUGCGGGAUCAACACGAGUUUUUGCAACACCAGCAUGAGUUGGCAAUAGAUGCCUUAAAGCGCGUGCAUACGGAGCGAUCGAAAACAGAGAAAAUGAAGAGAGAAGCCGAAGAAGAAUUAAAAUCAGAAAUAACAAAAUACAGAGUCAGUGAAAAAGAAGCAAAAAAAAUAAUUCAAGCCGUCGCGAUGCAUGCAGCAAACGUCCCCUAUAUCCAAACACUAUGCAGCUCUUUCUUAGCUGCAGCAGCAACAGCAGCAGCAACAGCAGCAGAAACAGCAGCAGCAGCAGACCAGCAAUUGAAUACAAGUGAAUCUAUGGAUACUAAUCCAAAUGCUGUUGAAGAAGUAGAAAAAGAAAACAUCUCAAGUGAAGAGAACUCAGCAGAAACAAAGAGGAAUGACAACCGCGUACAAACGCGCAGACUCGUUCCAUCUGCUGCUGCUGCUGCUGCUGCUGCUGCUACUUCUGCUGCUUCCCCGCUGCUGCCUCCGGGUGAAAUGCCGCAUCCAGCGAGCUGGGUAAGCAGAAAACCAAAAGGCGAAGCCAGCAACAGCAGCAGCAGCAGCAGCAGCAAGGAGGAGGCUGAAGCCACCCCGUGCCCCUCGCAGCACAGCAGCCAACGGGGUGUAUCUCCACCUCAGGAUGAUGCCUCCGCUCUAGAUAUGACUGAGAGCCCGUCACUUCUUUCUCCUUUGCAAUGCCCAGCUCCUAACAAGGAGAGACAACCGCAGAUGCAGCAGGUGCAACAGCAGCUGCUGCAGCGGGAAGCUGGGUUUAUGUAUGGAAAUUCAAAUACAGCAGCAGCAGCAGCAGCAGCAGCAGCAGCAGCAUCAGCAGCAGAUCUAAUCACUUCUUCCUGGAACGCUCUGGUUUCUACACAGGAGGAGGACACUGCCGGCAGCCGCAGCAACAGCAGCAGCAGCAGCAGCAGCAGCAGCUCAUUCUGUGCUGAUGAGUUCGGCCGCAUCUCAAGCACUGCUCUCCCCACCCCCCGGUCCCCCCCUCGUGCAGCUCUGGCUCCUCUUGUUUCUCCCUCGCGCCUAGUGCAGGCGCUGCGCAUGCAGGCAAUGCCAGCAAACACCAACUGGCGCAGCAGCAACAGCAACAGCAGCAGCAACAGCAGCAUCAGCAGGAGCGGCAGAAGUAGCAGCAGCAGCAGCAGCAGACGCAUGCGCAGCGGCAUCGAGGAUCCGCUUCGCUGUACAGACAGCCCAGCACAACGAGGCGAUUCAGAUGAGACAUUUGAAGACAAACAAAUGAAUAAACAAAUAAAUAAACAAAUAAACAAACAGAUAAACAAAGAAACAAACAGAAGCAACGGUGAGAAAGCAGACAAAGAUAGCGACAAACAAACGACCGAAACAGCAGCAGCUUACAAGGCGAGUCCCUUGACCAGUGGUCCUGCGGGUGAAGAGGCCGUUGACCGCUCAGCAGCAGCAGCAACAGCAGCAGCAGCAACAGCAGCAGCAGCAGCAACAGCAGCAGCAGCAGCAGCAAGCAGCGAGCAGCACGGGCAAGAAGGAGAGGAUUUGAGGCGGAGAGGCAGCAGGGCACACAGCAGGGCGGCUGCUGAGCGGGCGUGGGAAGCCUUUGUGGGGGAGUACAGACACCCCAACCGUGCGCUGCAGCAGCAGCUGCAGCAGCAACUGCAGCAGCAGCUGCAGCACCAGCUGUCUUUGCCUCCUGACAAACGCAUGCAGGCCUGGCAGGCGCUGGGGGGAGGGCCUGGCAGCAGCAGCAGCAACGGCAGCAGCAGCAGCAGCAGCAACAGCAGCAGCAAGGAUAGCGUGCAGUCGAGCUUCUCACCGCAGGCUGUAGAGGAAGGAGAAGCAGCAGUAACAGCAGCGCUGCUGCGUCUGCAGCACCAACAGCAGCAACGCAAGCAGCAGCAGCAGCAGCAGCAGCAGCAGCAAGGGAGCCUGCUGUGCCCCCCCACGCGAGAGUCAACAGAUAGCGGCCUUGAGGACCUUCUUUACCUAGAGCAGCGAUUGUGUGGUGAGGAUAAGGGAGAAGAAGAACCAGCAGCAGCAGCAGCAGCAGCAGCAGCAGGAGCAGCAGCAGCAGCAGAAACAGCAGCAGCAGCAGCAGAAACAACAGAAGGAACAGAAGCAGCAGAUGAAGAUGUCUUCAUCGCCGACGAUACAUAUCAACUGGGGCUCUCUGCUUCUUCUUUCCUAAGACGCCUCAGCACACAGCUAGAGAGCCGUAUGCGCCUAGCAUGCAAGAGGUCCCCAGCAUUCCACCAAUAA